CCGUGGCACUGCGAAAAGGCCACAAGCAGAAACAAAACAACCACCCCCACGUCCUCUUCUUCUUCCUCCUCCUCCAUCGUCGCCUCCGCCGAACCCCAUUUCCCCCCGAAACCCUAGCGAGUAGCGUGUCCUUCUAGGGUUUCCGCUCGCCGUAUAGCAGGGGGAGCGCCAUGCCCUCUUCUCCCAAGGUCUUCCACACCCGCACCACCCCCUUCCGCUGCUUCUUCUUCCACUCCUCCGCCCUCGCCCUCGCCUGCUUCCUCUUUGGCCUCGCCGGGUUCAUCUUCGGCUUCGUCGCCCUCUCGAGGCAAUCGCUAGCGUCUUCUUCUUCUUCUUCUUCUUCUUCUUCUUCCUACUCCCGACGAGGCCCCGAGUUCCAGCCCCUCUCCGUCUCCGUUGCGUGGGAUCGCGGCGGCGGCGGCGGAGGCGGGGAUAUCGCCGCGGCGGAGCACCCCGACUCGCUCGGCGGCGGUUCGAGGGGGCGGCACAAGGCGAUGGCGUUCGUCGGGAUCCAGACCGGGUUCGCAUCGGCGGGGCGGCGGAGGGCGCUUCGGAAGACGUGGUUUCCUUCCGAUCGACAAGGUCUUCUUCGAUUAGAAGAGGCGACAGGUUUGGCUUUUAGAUUUGUGAUUGGAAAGACCAAUGACAAAUCGAAGAUGGCAGCUCUUAGAAGAGAGGUUGAAGAAUACGACGAUUUCAUGCUUUUAGAUAUCGAAGAAGAGUACAGCAAACUGCCAUAUAAAACGUUAGCUUUCUUCAAAGCGGCAUAUGCAUUGUUCGAUUCUGAGUUCUAUGUAAAAGCUGACGAUGACAUUUAUUUGAGACCAGAUCGGCUUUCACUGCUUUUGGCUAAAGAGAGGUCACACACGCAAACUUAUAUAGGAUGCAUGAAGAAGGGCCCUGUUUUCACUGACCCAAAAUUGAAAUGGUAUGAGCCUUUAUCAUAUUUACUUGGGAAUGAGUAUUUCCUUCAUGCAUACGGCCCUAUAUAUGCAUUGUCAGCCGAUGUUGUUGCAAGCUUGGUUGCACUAAGAAACAACAGUUUCCGCAUGUUCAGCAACGAGGAUGUUACAAUAGGGGCUUGGAUGCUUGCGAUGAACGUCAAUCAUGAGAACCUUCAUGCCCUUUGCGAGCCUGACUGCACUCAAUCAUCAAUUGCUGUCUGGGAUAUUCCAAAAUGUUCAGGGCUGUGCCAUCCUGAGGUAAAGAUGUUACAGCUCCACCAAAGGGAAAUUUGCUCUGGCCGUUCAACUUCAGCGGCUGAUGGAUGAAAACCGCCGCUUAUAAAUUGACUCUCCUAUUGGAAAUCGUGGAUUGAUCUCAACUUUUUAUAAGCACUUCUUCAAAGCACUUUUGCGUGCGUAGAUCUCAUGAAGAAUGUUACUUUUAACCAGCUCUCCAGGACUGCUAAAGGUGGGUCACAUUUAUUAGUUCAGUAUAGCAUGUUUGCAGGGUAUUUAUUUACUGUUUUAUUUGUACGUGGUGAUCAUUCUUUGUAUAUUAUGGAACUACAUGAAUGAGAUUCAAUUUUUUUCUUUUUGCCCCCCUUAGGAAACUGAAAACAAAGAAAGAAUGUAAUUAGAUUAUUAAUUUUUUUCUCAGUUUGAAGUUCCUGCAACCAGAAACAUUGGUUUAGAAAAUUUGUGAGAAGCAGCUUAGAAUUUUGAAUAAGAGCUUUGGUUUUAUGAUGAAACUUUA